AUCAAUUGUCAACAGGUGAUAGACGAGGAGUUCCAUAGUUAAACGUCCACUGUGGUUGAUGGGUUAUUUUCAGAUAAGAAGACAUUCGUAAUUUGCUUUAAACGACACAACGAGCGUCAAGCCCCUUGCGGUCGCAGCCUUCCACAUAGGCAAGACACGUUCCGGAUGUGCCUUCUCUUACGAACAUGAAAGCAACACAGAUGCAGUAGAUCAGUCAAUCAAAUGUACCAGUGAUACAUCCACUAUCAUCCUUGUGGAUCCAAAAGGACAAUGUCACUCAUUUGGAGUGGAUGCCGAACAUAAAUUCCUGUGUUUACGUAAAGAAGACGAAAAUGUUGGGUGGAGACUUUUUCGAUAUUUUCGAAUAAAUGCGAACGGCUGGAAGAAAUCUCUUCAAGAUGACAUGAUACGGGAUACAAACGGGGACAUUUUCUCAGCACAUACCGUGUACACAAUGUUAAUCAAGUUCCUCUAUGACCGACUUCUAGACGAAGUCAAGAAGUCAGGAUUACUUGAAAAAGACAUCCAGUACGUUAUAACCGUCCCUGACUCGGAAAUGAAAGCUAGAGAAUUUGUUCGGAAAGCUGCGUUAUCAGCUGGCAUAUGUACCGAAAGAUUGGCUCUUGCUCUGGAAACGGAGGCGGCAGCUAUUUGGUGUCAGGCGGUUGCAACUGACACACAUUUAGAUAACAGAUGUAUGGUUGUCGACAUAAGUGGGCAAGAUGUAGAAUUAUCGGUCGAUGGAUGUUCACAUGUUGGAAAAAUCACUUGCGAGUGGGAUAUGAAUCGCCUUAUUUUAAAAUUUCUUAAUAAAGCAUUUACGAAAGAUGUGAUGGGAGAGUUCCAAACGACAGCAUUGGAUGACUUCUUUGAUUUUACCCGACACAAAAGCUGA